CUAACAUCUAAGAUCCAUUUUUUUUUCAAUAUGAAAAUGUUUCUAGAAUUUUAAAAAGUCUUUAAUACAGUCAGAAGGAGGAAUAACAUUUAGGUUUUCAAAUGAGCGUAGUUUAGUUUGUAACAGAUUUCUUGUCGAGAUCGCGCAUAUUUCUAUUUGGAACAAUUCAGUGACCACUGUGUUCCCUGUGUUCUGUGUGAAGUUCACAUCCCUUCUCCACCCUCCAAAAUAAAGUGAAUUUCUAACGGCGGCUUACCGGAAUUUACUCGAUUUUAACGAAGUGAAUUGAUUUAUAGCAAGUGCUAUUUAAUUGGACUAAAAAAACAUACUGUUUGACACAAAAAUCUCAACAAAUCCACAAUUUACAUAUAAAAAAUAAAAACAUUGGUUGGUUGUAUAGAUAAAAGUGGUUCCAAAAAAUCUACAGUGCCAAAAAAUAAAAAAUAGACAUUACUAAAAAAAAAAAAAAAUGAAAUCCACAAAACGUCCUUUCAAUCCGGGAUCUGGUCAUAGACAAAGCCCAGGAUGUCUUGGCUAUGAUCCAGUGUUCAAACGUUCAGUAAUCCAAUUUGCUGAACGAAAAGGAUUUCAAGAGGCUUGCAUUCAUUUCAAACUUCCUGGAGUAACGAUAAAAAGGUGGGAGGGACUUAAAAAUGAGAUUAUGGAACAGGCACGGCAACAUCCAAUGGAAAAUAUCAAACGGCCUGUCGGACGGCCUCCAAAGCGAGGGAAAUGUGAUGAUUUAGAUUCCAUGCCAUUGGAGAAGCGUUUGUCACAAAAUCAUAACGAAUUACCAGUCCCUGUUCAGGAAACGGUUUUGCAAAGUCAGUCAAUAUCACCCACAAAACUCAAGGUCACUCGUCAAGGUAGACUUAAUGUGUCUUCUCAAAUAGAAACUCCUCCACUUCCACCAGAAGUAUGUCUCAAAUGGAACUCCCAACAUACAAAUAUGCAAUCAGCGUUUCCAAAUUUAUUGAUGAAGGAACAAUAUGUCGAUGCCACCUUAGUUUCAGAGGGAAAAACUAUGAAAUGCCACAGAAUUGUCCUGUCAAUGUGCAGUCCCUACUUCGAAGAAAUCCUAGAUGGAAUUGGCCCUUUUCAACAUCCAGUAUUAUUUAUGAAGGAUGUGCCAUUUUGGAUUUUGAAAUCUCUGUGCGACUUUAUGUAUGCAGGAGAAAUUCGUAUACUGCAAGACAAAUUAGAUGAACUUUUAAAUGUUGCCACUGUACUAAAAAUAAAAGGUUUGGCAGGUAUUCCAGAGUCAGCUGAAAAAGUUAAAACGAAUUCGUCAGACAUUAAACAAGAAUCAGAGUCCUGUCCGACAAUUAAUAACAAACCUCCAAAACUAGAAGAAGAAGAAAAACCUCCACCACCAAAACCUCCAGUUACUUCAACUCCAAAUUUACUUGGAAGAGGAGAGAGAACAAGACAUAACUAUUCAAGUCGAUUCUCAAAGCAUAAUGUCGUAGCAUCUCAGAAAGAUGAAGCAAUUGAAAGUCGUAGACCUUUAUCUAUUUCCAGAAGAAGGGAAGAGAAGAAGGCGAAGCUUGCUAUAAAGGAAAAAGAGAAAAAUAUUGAAAAAAUUGCACCUCAGAAACAACAAGCCAAUAUUUCUUCUACCAGCAAAAGAGUGAUAAGAUCCUCAACUCUUAGACCCACACAUACUUCUCGUAGAAGAAGCGAAAAAAAUAAAAUUGAGAUUAAUGUUACCAAAGAGAAAGCUUUGGAACGUUCAAAACCGCGUUUGAGAAAAGACAAUAUUAAUGACCCAUUGGAUCUUCUGCAGCCAGUCUAUGAAGAGAUAGCUAAAGACGAGGCUCCUGUCAUGGUUAAAAAUGUUCUUUCUGGAAGGUUGAGAGAAAGAGGUAAUGUGCCAGUUAGAAAAGGAUUAGGAAGAAAAGCUAGGAAGAGGAGGUAUAAGGAAGAUGUAGACGAUUCAUCACCAGUACCUUUCGAAUCAAGAAAAGGUACCCGAUCUAGGCCAAACGUUAAAGUCCCCAAAUUUUUCCAUACACAAUACGAUGAUUCACCAAAAGACUCCAAUGACGCUACCAUUGUUCGAGAACCUCACACUGAUCAAGAUGAUCCUUUCAUUGAAGAAGUAGGCGAAAUUAAGGUCGAACCUGUGGAUGUUGAGGAAAAUAGUCUUAACUGGAUACCCCAAGAUCAAGCAGAAGAGGAAGAAAUUAUGGGCAAUUACGAUAGUCCGUUGGUUAAUAUAGCAGAAAUAAAUAGUCCUAAUACAUCAGGAGUGAUAAAUAUCAAACAAAAAAAGCUCCAACCUGUAGACAUAAACCAAUUCAAAAAAGAAAUGAACGAAUCAAUUAUUACCUUCAACUCUGUAGAAUCUCCUCAGAAAGAAAAAUCUGAAUUUAUGAUAACAAAUAUUCACAGUAUGGCAAAUGUUUCUGAAGAACCUCGUUCUAGUGACAAUAACCAAGGAAAACCUAUGGAAGAUGUACAAUCAUCCAAAGAAGCCACAAUGGAAAGUGCUAAAAUUAACAAAAUAAUUGGGAGCGUGUCAGUGAAACCUCUUGAAGUUUUAACCCUGGAUCAUAGACAAAGUGGAACUUCAGAUACUAUGAUUGUUCUUCCGCAAGCUGAAGUUGAUCCUUUGGCUCAAAUAGAUGGACAACAAGUUAAUCACGGAACUGGAACUUUAGAAAUGUUUAAUUUCAAAAGUGAUAAUGCUCAAAUUAGAGAAGCCGGACAAGAUAUUUCAAUGCUAGAAAAAGAUCAUUUAGAAAUGGCAACUGAAGAUAAUAUAGUUCAGACUCAAGAAGUAGGUGAAAUUUUGCUGAAAAGUCAAGAAAUAGUGAAAGAGACUGAGCUUGAGCACAUUGAAGAAAUUAAAUCAAACAAUGAUACAGCUUUACAAAUUGAAGAAACUCAAACAUUAGCAGAAGAAAAAGAAGCAACUGAAACAUUUACUAGUCCAGCAGUAGCUAUUACAAUAAAAAAUACCCUAGUAGCAGAAGAAGGUACUUUUGAAAAUUUAGAAAACCUAAAAGUUAUUGAGGAAGAAACAAGUGAAGACCUUACACAUGACACAAUUAUUGAUCCAAUUGAAGACUCAAAAAAUACUGCAGUUGAAGAUUCUAAUAAUAAGGAAAAUUUGGAAGCUCCAACUAGAGAGAACAUCAAACAACUUGAUGAAAAAACGUCUCAUUUGAACAAAGACAAUUUGGAACCACUACUCUCAGUAGAGACUCUCAACAGUGAAGAUAUUGCUCCAGAUAUUAUUGACCCAGUUUCACAUACUCCAGAGAUUGAUAAGGUACAAAAUAAUGUUGAAGUUAUUGAAGUUACCAAACAUGCUGCUGAAAACGUCAAAAGUGCCGAACCAAAUAAACUCACUGUUGAAACUGUUGCUGUUUUGAUUCAACAAGAAACUGAAAGUAAUCAAACCAUUGAAGCUGAACUAGAACCAUGCUUACCUUCAACAUCAACUACAAGUAGUUGCAAUUUACAAUUUUUACCAAUUGAAAAUAAUGAAGAUUUCACAAAAGAUAUAGAGCUUGGUAGCAAUCUAGGAGACUGUGAGUCUGACCUUGGCAUGAAAGAGGAAAUUAAGUCAAAGGAACCAAUGGAUGAUGGAGACAACGAAACUGUAGUUCUGGUCUAUGAAGAUAAAGAGAAAAAUUAUGGAACGGAUUUUGGCGAGUUAUCACACAAUAAUCAACUUGAUGUUGCUCUAGUCCACGAAAAUCUUUCUCCAGAUAAUAAUUUUCCCUUGGAUGAUGAAGUUGAUCUUAGGCUGGAAGAACAAUUAUUGGCAGAUUUGGAUGAGGAUAUUGAAAUGGAAGUAACGACAAUUAGCCACAUAGAAGAUGAUGGUACUGAAAAGACUUUGGAAAUGAUUGUAAACGAUUUGAAUGAGAGUUUGGGAGAAAUGAAGCAGUAAUAAGAGUUUGUGUACUGUUUUGGUUAGCCUUUUUUAUUCUUGUUUGCCAUUUUAAUGCCAGUGCAAAUAUUAGUGAGAGUAUGGGUUUUACCGGUUUUACUGAUAUAUUGUUUGCCCAGCGGUUCUGAAUUUACUGAAGGAAUUCGGACUUGAAUGUGCGAUGUUGCCACGUUUAAUUAUAAAAAAGCGAAAAUACUAGGCAUGAAGUAUAGUUCAUUUGAAAAUCAAUUUUUUAAUAACAAAAUGUAGAUAACGAUAAAACGCUAAAUAUUUCAACGUGGUUGUUAGAUCUAUGCUUAUUUUAAUAACUGAAUCUUCAAUUUUGUCUAUUGUAAAAAAUAAAAAUUUCCUAAAGAAUCCAUCAGCUUUUGACAAUUUGGCAAGGAUCCGACCUGGAUGAACCCACAGAUUAUGAAACUGAUUGGUGGAAUUUUUGGCAGGAUCGCCGUUGUCACCUUACAUCUCGCUAAUGACCAGGGUUCUUGUCAUUUUAUUCUCCCAUCUUGGAAUAUCGAUUUAUAUUGAAAUAUCCAGUGGCGGCGGUUUGGUCAUUCUCGAUUUUCGUGAACGAGUUGCAAUACGAUAAUACUUCUAAAAAGUUCCGCACGCAGCUGGGUAUUUUAUGAAUGAAAUCAGCCAUUUUUUUUACAACUGCAUUCCCUUUACCUUUGCCCCGUAGACAUAGAGUCGCUGGGCAGACAUUACUUACCAAUCUAAUUUAAAAUAAGUCAAUGGUAGUAUGCAUGCGAAACUUUGAAUUUGCAAAUAGCAAAUCCAACAAAUCCCUCUCACUAUUAAAAUUAAGAAAUAUUGCCCAAAAUUUAUAAAAAAAUGUCAACUGUAAUUAUACAUUAUUAGAGAAUCCCUUCUCGAAUAAAGCACUUUCUUCACCGGAGGAUGGAAUUCCAACAAUAGGUUGUUUUAUAUUGCAUGAACUAUACUAUAAUAAUAGAGGGCGUUAAUUAUUGCAUUAAAUUAUGACAGUUCAAAAUCUGAGAAACUGAGUGUAACCCAAAACACAUUAUGUCUCUACUUAGGCAGUCCUAAUUUAUCUAGAUCUAUUAUUUGCACUGGCGCAGCGGUGAAAAUAUGACGAGACUAUUGCUUCGAGGACCGAUUUAUUAGUGAACGGUUAUUUAGUUGUCAGUUAACUAUAAUAAUAAUAAUACUUAUAGUUAACCGACAGCUAAACUAAAUAGCCAUCCACUGAUAAACCGGACCUAAGUCUGUUAUAUAACUUUCAAAAUGUCAAUGUAUACAUGUUUGCCAUACAGAAAUCACCAUUAAAAAAAAAAAAAUCCUCAUUUUAUUUUAUCAAUAAAAAUUAAAUUAGGUAAUCAAAGUACAUUGAAAAAUCCUAUUUCACAGUUCUCUUUGUAAAUACUAUUAGAUUAUAGUAAACAUUAGUUUAGAAAUCAGAAUAUGUAUGUAUGCUACUCAAGUGUUUAGAGAGUUUUUGUUUUUUAUUAUAAUCUUGUACAAGUAAUUAUGAAUUUGCAUCAUUUUUCUGUGAUUUUUUUAUUUUAGUUUCUAUGUAUAUUAUGUGUGUGUUUUUUUUUACCUCCUGGUUAUGAUUGUCCUCUGUUUUGUCUUGGAAAGCUUAUUUGUAUUUAAUUUUUUUUUUAGCCAAAUAAACAAAAUUUAUUUAGCCAAAACAUAUGGUUCUUUUUAAUUCAGAAUCCCCACGAAGAAAUACACUUCACAAAAAUUAGUCAAAACUCAAAAAAUAUUUUAUUAAAUCAAAAUGUAUUUCUUAUUACAAACGUAUGGCAUUUUUAAAUAUGCAACAGUAAAGAAAAUAAAAAAAAUAUAUAAAUUAGUGAUCAUCAGAAGAAGUAGCAUCGCUGGCUCCACUGACAUCCCAAUCGACCCAACCACUGCUAUCCAAAUCGCUACCAGAGUCACUGUCAACAUUUGGUAAACGUUCCUCAGUUACUAAAAGUCCAUGCUCCCACAUUGACGAAACUAGAGCUAGUUUUUCCAUUUCAUCUUUUAUUGGCAAGUCUUC